ACAUAUAUAUUGUGUUCAAACGAAACAGAGCUGGCAUGAAAAUUAUGGUUUCUUCUUCUUCAAUAUUGUUGAUUACCAUUUUCUCAAUUGGGCUUCUAAUUUCAUGCUCCGAAUCCAAAGAAUAUAUAGUUGGAGACGGUAAAAAAUCAUGGAGGUUUCCUCUUCCAUCAUUUCAUGCAUUCACCAACUGGGCCUCUACUCAUCACCAAUUCACAAUUGGCGAUACAAUCGUGUUUGAGUACGAUAGAACUAAAGAAUCGGUGCAUGAAGUUGAUGAGCAUGACUAUAUAAAGUGUAAUACAAGGGGACAUAAUAACGACAGGUACUACGGCGGUAAUACAAAGAUAGUGCUUGAUAGAUUAGGAGUAAGAUAUUUCAUAAGUGGAAGAAAGGGUCAUUGCAAAAUGGGAUUAAAGGUAGCGGUCAUAACUGUAAUGCCUUCGUCUUCUCCUCCGUCACCUUCACCAUCGCCAUGACUACUGUCACCCUCGCCUUUUCCACCACCAGCGCCAAAUUCAUUGAGUACGUAGUAGUAAAGGUGGUGCAUUGGUCGAGGAGGAUUCAUCGUGAGGUUGAGGAUUUUAAUUUAUUGGCUAUGAUAUGAUGAUGUUCUUAAUUUGAAUGUUUCCUAAGCUUUGUGAUUACAUACAUAAAAAUGCAAUAUUUGUGUGUGGUCAAAGUCAAACACAUUCUCGUUUUGCUUUCGUGUUUUAUUAAUUUUCAUUUUAUUAAUUUGUUUUUUUUU